UGGACUCCGGGCAGAGGCACAUCGGGCUGGACUCCGGGCAGAGGCACAUCGGGCUGGACUCCGGGCAGAGGCACAUCGGAUUACCAGGAGGGGCGACAGGCAUCGGGCCCCCAGGCGGGGCGACAGGCAUCGGGCCCCCAGGAGGGGCGACAGGCAUCGGGCCCCCAGGAGGGGCGACAGGCAUCGGGCCCCCAGGCGGGGCGACAGGCAUCGGGCCCCCAGGCGGGGCGACAGGCAUCAAGCCCCCAGGCGGAGCGGCGGGCGCCGGGCCCCCAGGCGGAGCGACAGGUCUCGGGCCCCCAGGCGGAGCGGCGGGCGCCGGACCCCCAGGCGGAGCGACAGGUCUCGGGCCCCCAGGCGGAGCGGCGGGCGCCGGACCCCCAGGCGGAGCGACAGGUCUCAGGCCCCCAGGCGGAGCGGCGGGGGCGCCGGACCCCCAGGCGGAGCGACAGGUCUCUCGGGCCCCCAGGCGGAGCGGCGGGCACCGAGUCACCAGGCACGACAGUGGGCACCGAGUCGUCUGGCAAGACUGCGGGCACCGAGUCGUCUGGCAAGACUGCGGGCACCGAGUCAUCUGGCAAGACUGCGGGCACCGAGUCAUCUGGCAAGACUGCGGGCACCGAGUCAUCUGGCAAGACUGCGGGCACCGAGUCAACUGGCGGAACAGCGGGCACCGAGUCGUCUGGCAAGACUGCGGGCACCGAGUCGUCUGGC